CCCGGUGAGCAGCCCAAACCCGCCACCUUCCUCCCUCAGCUCCCACCAAUCGGGUCGCAGGGCCUCGAGCCCCGCACUGCUGAGUCCGUUGACACUGCGUCCGGGGCCAGACGACGACAUCAGCGCGGAGUCCCCACAACGCCAUGGGGCAGAGCCAACUCUCGAGCGCGUGACCGAAGCCUGCAGUUUUUAGCUUCCGUCACUUCCGGGUGCGACAAUCUCUUCUGUCCGGCCAGAUACUGGAGUUGUUAGGUGCCUCCUUGCUUCUGACGGGCCACACGUUUGCCCCUUCUCUCUGUUCCCAGCUGGAGGGACAUGAGUGUCCCUGGGCCGUCGUCUCCGGACGGGGCCCUGACACGGCCACCCUACUGCCUGGAGGCCGGGGAGCCGACCCCUGGUUUAAGUGACACUUCUCCAGAUGAAGGGUUAAUAGAGGACUUGACUGUAGAAGACAAAGCUGUGGAGCAACUGGCAGAAGGAUUGCUUUCUCAUUAUUUGCCAGAUCUGCAGAGAUCAAAACAAGCCCUCCAGGAACUCACACAGAACCAAGUUGUAUUGUUAGACACACUGGAACAAGAGAUUUCAAAAUUUAAAGAAUGUCAUUCUAUGUUGGAUAUUAAUGCUUUGUUUGCUGAGGCUAAACACUAUCAUGCCAAGUUGGUGAAUAUAAGAAAAGAGAUGCUGAUGCUUCAUGAAAAAACAUCAAAGUUAAAAAAAAGAGCCCUUAAACUGCAGCAGAAGAGGCAAAAAGAAGAGUUGGAAAGGGAGCAGCAACGAGAGAAGGAGUUUGAAAGAGAAAAGCAGUUAACUGCCAGACCAGCCAAAAGGACGUGAAAAGUUGUGUUUGUGUGUUUUCUUCUCCUGUCCCAUAUUUGCGUUAUGAUGACUUAAUGUAGACUGAAGUUGAGGUAGUGCCUUAUGCCAUUAUGUCAUAUGUUGAAAUCCUUAUUCCGGUAUUACUGUGUCUCCAUGCCUUUUUUCCAAGUAGCAGACGUCAUGUUGCUUGGUUUUUGAUAUUUAUAUGUAAGUUUUUCAAAUUUUGUUUAAUUUUAAAAUUUAUUAUUUUGAUCUUGAAUUAUUUAUAAACCGGAAAAUGGUUUGAUUAUUGUGAGUCAAAACUCUAAGUGGUUAAAAAUUAGUAUGAAUUUUUUAGCUUCUUGAUGAAUACAGAUUUAAAACUCUCCAGUUCUUAUUUUAUGAAAUGACUUGCCUUUCUGGUAAUACAAUGCUGAUUUUUUAGUAAUUGCCUUUUCAUUGCUUAGUUAAGAAGAAAUGCCAGCUGUUUAAUCACACCUACCCCUGGAAAAGAGGUGAGUGAGCCUUUUGAACAGUUGAAUUUCAUCAGAAGCUCUAUAGCUUUUUGGUAAGAGGAAGUGAUACUCUUUAUUAUAAGAAACAAGGAAUUAACAAAAAUAAGGAACUUGUUGCUACCUUUCUUUUCUGUUGAACAUUAAAAAUAGUUUGGUUUGUGGACUGGCCAUGGUGGCUUAUGGAGAAGAGAUGAGCGUUUGUGAAGAACAUAAUGGAGAAGUGCAUGCACGAGAAAUGACAGCACUUUAGGUGUAGUUCAGGUGAGCAAGAUGCCAGAUAGAUUCUACUAACCAUAUACUCUCCCUGCUUCUUAGUGUCGUUGUCACUGCUUUCUGCAGCUUUUGGGUUCAGAGUAGAUUAUAUCUAUUCCUAAAGCUUGGUGGAGGUGGUGGAGCUAUCACACACUCAAAUGAGCUUGUAUAUUUAUCAUACAAUAUAGUAUUAUAAUAACAGUUAUCAUACACUGAGAUAUAGUUUCUGUGCUUGUAAAAAAUUCUUGGCUGGGCGCGGUGGCUCAAGCCUGUAAUCCCAGCACUUUGGGAGGCCGAGACGGGCGGAUCACGAGGUCAGGAGAUCGAGACCAUCCUGGCUAACCCGGUGAAACCCCAUCUCUACUAAAAAAUACAAAAAAACUAGCCGGGCGAGGUGGCGGGCGCCUGUAGUCCCAGCUACUCAGGAGGCUGAGGCAGGAGAAUGGCGUGGACCCGGGAGGCGGAGCUUGCAGUGAGCUGAGAUCCGGCCACUGCACUUCAGCCUGGGCAACAGAGUGAGACUCCAUCUCAAAAAAAAAAAAAAAAAAAAUUCUUGAAGUGAGGCCGGGCGUGGUGGCUCACGCCUGUGAUCCCAGCACUUUGGGAGGCCAAGGUGGGUGGAUCACGAGGUCAAAAGAUUGAGACCAUCCUGGCCAACAUGGUAAAACACCGUCUCUACGAGAAAUACAAAAAUUGGCUGGGUGUGGUGGCAGGCACCUGUAGUUCCAGCUACUUAGGAGGCUGAGGCAGGAGAAUCGCUUGAACCCGGGAGGCGGAGCUUGCAGUGAGCCAAGAUGCGCCACUGCACUCCAGCCUUGGUGACAGAGCAAGACUCUGUCUCAAAAAAAAAAAAACCAGAAAAUUUCUUGAAGUGGAAUGAUGUACACCAACUACUGACUUUAUAGAUAAUUACAGGGAUGGUGAAAAACUAGUAAAUAACUUCACAAAAGAGGCAGCAUGAUACGUUUAGUGUUUUCUAGAAUUUUUUUUUGUAUAUUGUAUGUAAGAACUUAUUGUUUGAGGGAAAUAUUAUGAGGUUUCAUUGUUUAAAAUCAAGAGUAUAUUGUUUACUGUUUCACACUAUUAUUUAAUAUCCAAGUGGUCUCCAAUCUCCAUUACAUAGGGACUGUACAGAGCCUGUGAAGAUGUAUGAAUGUGUAUCUUUUAUAGUCCACAAUACAUUUUUGGUAAGAUGGAAUCACUACCUCUGAUCACAUAUAUCAGACUAAUGAUGGAGAAAGCAUUCGGUUUAAGUUGAGGGCUAAGAACUGGUUUGUUUAAAGGUUUAAAUUGUUGGAAAGAGCAUUUGCCUCCUUUAAUGAAUGAUGGUCUCAGAAUUCAGUUGACUUUGACCUAAUAUUUAAGAAUAUAAAUAUAUUUUACUUGAAAAGGCUGAGUGUUGCCCUCAAACACUUGCUAAAACUGCCUAGGGCAGGAUUCAUUGGGGCUUGUGGACAAUGUCACCUAAUUGCUGAAUGUACUCAUUAUAAUAUGAUAUCUGACAAAGGUGGUACAGUGUUUCUGAGUCAUUUGGGACCAACUGCAUGGUUGUUUAAAAUGCUGAUUCCUGCACAUGACUCUCCAUCUACUGAAGCACAGCUCUUUUCUGUGUUUUGCUUUGCUUUUUGUGUUUAAAGUUUCCCUCAGUGAUUCCAGUGCACCUGAAAAGUUGAGAACCACAGGCUUAGUGGUAGGUCGGGGUUUCCCACACUAGGCUGCAUGGCAUUAUCACCUGGGAACAUUAAAAAAAUACAGACAUUCUCGAUUCUUAGUGUAGUUAUGGUGUGGAUCCCAUGUAUUUUUUUAAAAGUUCCCCAGAUAAUUUUGAUGUCAGGAGUCACUAGUAUAGACUAUCUAUCUAGUGAGUUGUGUUAUAAGCAAUGAGAUACUUUAAAAGCUACCCAGUAACUCUUGGGAUUAAUUUUAUGAAAUAAAUUCUGAGCUGCUGCUUUUGAUAGUCAGACUUAAGACUGAACCCCAGUAGACAGGCUAUAGAUAAGAAUUCUGGUUAGUUAAUUGAACUUUUGUGAUGUAUUUAAAACAAAUCAUAUUUAUUGAACAAAUGGCAAGGCACAAAUACUUUCAGAAUUGUAUUUAAGUUUUGAAGAUUUUUUAAAAAGUGAAAAUGAAUAUAUAUUAGUAUCCUCUAUUUUAAAGUCAUUGUAAACCAGAAGUACUGUUAUUUUGGUGAUUAAAAUCCAAAACUUUAGCUGUAUUUCAGUAACAAAAACAUAUCUUACUAGACUGAGUGCGAUGGCUCACACCUGUAAUCCCAGUGCUUUGGGAGGCUGAGGUGGGAAGAUUCUUUGAGCCCAGGAGUUCAAGGCUGCAGUGAACUCUGAUCGCACCACUGAACUUCAGCCCGGAUGACAGAGAGAGACCCUGUUUCUAAAACCAAAACAAACAAACAAACAAGGUAUCUUACUGACUAAACUGGAAUGGAACUCAUAAUUAGUCUUGUAUUUUUCCACAAAAUAGUGAAUUGGUACUUGGGAGACUUCUGUUUUUUGUUGAAAAAAUUGCUUUUGUUUUCAAAUUAUAUCACCUGUGUUCUGAACUAAAAUGAUGGGAGUUCAUUUUGUAUUUACUUUGCAGUAUAUAUCAUGUAAAUAUGCAAAUGUUGAAUGUAAUGUAGAUUGUGUCCUCAUUGAGUUUUUGGGUGAUACAGUUUAUAAAUAUACCAAUUAUAUACCCUCAUACAUUCGUCUGAUUUUGAGCUUGUAACAUGAGAACUGCUUUUUACACAUUUAAUAAAAAAAGUCUCUGAAUUAUCUGA